AUGGGGGAGAAAAGCAAGAAAAGAAGGCUUCUCAUAAUUCAGGCAAGGGAUGCUUUGCCCUCGCUGAAAAUCGCUCACGAACAAGUCAAUGCAGGCGCCAAGGAAAAUCCAGAGUCGGCGGGCUCCAUUGAGGCUACGGAGCAAGAGGCAGAGCAGGCCAAAAACCUGCAGCAGGCUCAGGGAAUGCCCCCGCAGCAAUCAUUUCACCAGGUCAACUCGCGCUACGGAGCGAAUGGCACGCGGUUGUCCAAUCCACAUCACAGCAACGAAAUUCACACUGCAAUUGAGGCUGCUCGGUUGCGUCUCACUCCACCAAGGAAGACAAUAGUAACCACUAGCUUGCUCGACCAAGAGGGCUUUGCAGGAGACCCUGGCACGUCCGAGUUUAUUAAUGACGAAGAGAAGCGCACAGAUAAUUCUGAGCUUGCAGGAACCCCAAACACCGAAGGAAUGGCGAGUAGGGAAGACGCCCUUGCCACCGAUGAAGUAGAGGCAGCAGGCGAAAUCUCGGCAGCUGAGAAAGAAGCAGCAAGAGCGCAAGCCUCACUAAAGGAAGAGAACAGACUUCUCGCCGCGGCUGAGGAGGCUGAACAGGCGCAAAGGGCGCUUAAAAUAUGUGCGCAGGGAUCCUUCCUCAGCUGCCGGCAAGGGCAAAUACGACGCCCUAUUGAGGAACCUCACGCAAGAGUUAUUUCCGGAAUCCCACGCUCUUGCGUGGGAUUCCGGAAAUAA